AUGUCUUCUCCGACAAAGCCACGGACAACCGGAGAAUCCGAACCGUGGGCAAACGGGUUGGAGGGCGUUACCGUUUUACCCACCGAGGAGUGCUUGCAGAACUAUCCUCUCCCACCUAUCGACAGUAUCGGGCUGCCCGCGCACCUCGGGUUGUUCCCACGAACCAACCACAUCGAGAACUUUGGCUACCCGUUCUAUCUCUUCGAAGACGGGCACUACGAGUGGAAGCUGCGCUGGGUCGCUCGGGCCACCAGCCGCGCGUGGACCCGUGCCAUUGCCGCAAAGGACAUCGAUCUCGUCAUACCUCCCCGCGAACGGCUCAGAGAUCCGCAGGGCAAAGAGCGCCAGGCUCUGCUCGAGGAAAGCCUGUGCCUCGCAAUCGCCGACAAGGCCCUUGAGAUCAACGUCUGGGCUCGCAACAUCAGGGCCAUGUACAAGAUACGGAACCUGACUUUCGAGGACUGGGUCGACUGCGACCUGGGAAGGGACGAUAUCGACCACCGGUUGCAGGCACACUUUCCUAGUGAGCCUUGGAUCCUGAACACCGACGGACUCGCCGAGCUCGCAAUGCGCGUGUGCACCUACGCCCUCAACACGGUGUACGAGAUGCUGUACGACAGCCGAGAGCAAGUGGACAAAUCGUUCGAGUCGUUUCCCCUCGGUCUGAUGGAGAAGUGGUACCCCGAUCGAGAUGAUCUCCCGCCUGAGCGCUUCACGUGCGUCGUGCUAGAAGAAUCUGACACCGACGAUCCGCACGGGAGAGAAUCAGAUACGGCCGAGACGUUCCUGGAUGUCGAGGGGAAUGUCCGCGAGCCAGACAGUGCGGAGCUGCAGAGGAUUGAGAGGUGGGAAGAAGAGUGGGGCAGUCCCAUGCCUCCGCCGCAACCUGUCCUCCCCACGCUUGCCGACUGGUGGGAGGCGAAGGCAAGGAUGGAGGAAAAGCAGCAGGGAAAGAGUGCUCAUGAGGACGCCCCAGUCGCCCAUCUCUUCGCUUGCCCGAGCUACGCCCAGGCUGCCCGCCGCAACGUUCCGGCGACCUCGGGGCCCAGUCCACAGGACAGCUUGAAGCAGGCUGUAGCCCCUGUCGGCACCGGAGCUGAGCUGCAGGGUGAGGGGGACACGGGCGGGUGGCAGGAGUCAGUGGGGCGUCGCGAGCUCCGUCGGCGACGCAAGGCGCGCCAGUCCGGGGCAGGAAAGGAGGUGCCGCAUACUUUGAUGUAG